CGCGGUUUCAGUGUGAGAGGAGCGGCGCUGUGGUGUGGGGGAGAAGUGCUGCUGCUGGAGUCACCUGAAAAGUUUUAACCGGCUGUAAAGUCUCAGUGAACCUCUGGGAGGAUAAGCCAGAGUCUGGGUAAAGUUAUGGAUCUAUUUUGGUUGAUCUGAUACCAACACCAGAGGAAAAUGGGGAACGGAAUAUCAGAUCAGUCCAGCAUAUUUUCAAAUCUUCCCUUCUUCAAGUCUCUCCACAUUGCUAUUUUGGGAUUGGACUCUGCAGGGAAAACCACUGUGCUGUACAGACUGCAGUUCAAUGAAUUUGUGAACACUGUCCCCACUAAAGGAUUUAAUGCAGAGAAGGUAAAACUAGCGCUUGGGGGCUCUACAGUGGCAUUUCACUUCUGGGAUGUUGGUGGUCAGGAGAAGCUCCGUCCACUAUGGAAGUCAUACACUCGCUGCACGGACGGCAUUGUGUUUGUAGUGGAUUCGGUGGACACUGAGAGGAUGGAGGAGGCCAAAACUGAACUGCACAAGAUUACCCGCUCUUCAGAGACUCAAGGCGUUCCUGUGCUUAUUGUCGCGAACAAGCAGGACCUUAGGCACUCUCUAACCGUGACGGAAGUCGAGAAGAUGCUGGCGCUCAGUGAACUAGGAGCCGCCACGCCAUGGCAUUUGCAGCCAACCUGUGCCAUAAUAGGUGAUGGUCUAAAAGAGGGACUUGAAAGACUCUACGACAUGAUUCUCAAACGGAGGAAGAUGUUAAAACUGCAGAAAAAGAAGUGAACAGACGUGUUAUUUCUAACACUU